CCGACGUCCCAAGACUUUAAACCGGAAGCGUGAAAGUAAACAAACUAGUUGAGACUGAGAAGCGACAGACGGAUCUCUCGAAGUUUACAAGUGAAAUAGUUUCAUUUAAGAAACGAAACAAAACGAUGUAAUCUUAGUGGACAGAUUAAGUGAUACACUUAUUGAUCCAACAAUCUCCGCGUGCCAACAUACACGGCUAUGUUGACAGCUAGCUGUUAGCUAAACAGCUAAUCUCUCUGUGCCAGUAAAUCAGCGUUAAAUAGGAAGCAGUACAGAUGCCUCAGGAGGGAGAACAGGCUCUUCCUCUGGUUCGCUCCCUGAACAGCCGAGUACCCGUCAGGGCGGUGUUUUGUAACAACAGUCCCUGGGUCGUACGACCACUAUGGAUCGAUUUCCGCGGGGAGCCUCGGGCGUACCGCGACUUACAGCCAGGGGCGAGACAACUAAUGAACACCUUCAUCGGUCACCCAUGGAUGUUCAGAGAUGUAGAGAGUGAUGAGCUACUGAAGGUGAACAGCAAAGAACUGUUUCUUCCCAAACCAGCAGAGGGUGGGAAUGCUACAAUUGCUACUAUCACUUUACCAGUUUACAGCCUCAAGGAUCGUGCUCUUCAGGUUAUCCGGCGUCUGGUACGACCAGAAAACUACAGGAGGUUGGAAAUAGCGCGGUGUCUCCACGAGGAGCUGGAAGAUCCGCCCAGUGUGUUGAAAGAUCUCCUCCGCAUGAACCAGCGAGUGGAGCAGCAUCUUCUGGAGAGGAUCCAAGGCCAGGAGGAAUAACUGGAUGGAUAACGGUCACGUAUGGACAGCAAUAUUAUAUUCCACACUAUUAGAAAAGCAAAGAAUUGACAACAUAAGUUAAGCACUGUUGGGAGUUAGUGAUCGGGUGAGUGAGCAAGUGUUGCAAAGCCUUAGUUUCUUACAUUUCCUGCAAACGAGACUCCGUUUGACCUGCUGCCUGUUUUUCUCCAUCACUGGCAAAUGUCUUCUUCAACAGAAAACAGAGGCGAUUUCUUUAAUAUGAUGAGAAUGAUCACAGUGAGAGGUCUGUAUAUUGUUUAUAUUCUCAUGGGAACACCUUAGAUAAGGUUAUCUUUACUAAUCCAGUAUACUGCACAUCUCUCAAAAAACAUUUUACUUUGUUUACUGUUGUUGUUGUUGUUGUUGUUAAGCGGUUUAACCAAGACUGUAUUGUUCAGCAAUCAUCAGCAAGCUUUUGCUUUGGCACUUUAAAUCUUGAUUGAGUUGCCCUAUUCUGGUAAAUGUUUUCAGAAUAUACCUACCGCCAUAAAUGGGCAGAAUCGCCUCUAAGACUUUGUCUUGCAGGUGAUUUCCAAUAGUGAAAACUUAAUAUUUAACCGCCUUGACAGUUUUAAAGUUGAGUCUACGAAACACUGUGACUGAGGAGCAUAUGCUUUUUGUCUUUGCCUACUUUGUAAUUCUUUUUCUCUUUUUUUUCAAUUCAUACAUUGCGACUUUAUCUCAAAGACUUUCAAUGUUUAUUUGUGUAAAAAAAUAAAUAAAAGAUAUAUUUCUUACUGAAA